UAAAAGGUAUAGUUAAAUACGGUAUCGCUAAUUUCUAUCCGUGGUCUUGGAGACUUGCCCCGGUUGCUUGCGGAAGCCCCGGGGGAGCCUAUGGCUGCGACCUGGGACUUUGCAUAGCAACCAUCCCAAGCCGGAACUACCAAGCCGCAAGUACCAAGCAGAAACAGGGGGCUAAGAAUCCUAUGUUUGGUAAUCCCUCAGCUACAACCAAGGAGGUCUUGUUACAUGAGACCACUAAUGAGGGGAGUAUUCUUACUUUACUCGUUUCCUUGCUAGGGGCUAAAGCCCCCCGGCAUAACAUGAUUCAGGCGUGGUUGCCAUGUACCCUCGUUGUACUCUUACCUGUGAUUAGUAAGGUGAGAGGCCAUGAGGCCAUAGGGAGUAACAUGUCAUCAAUCACCUCUAUUCAGUGCCCCUCCCUUGGAUACCUUGAUUCUAAUCCAAAGAAUGCCCGCUACUGUUAUUCUCAGUCUCUGGUGAUGGUGAGAGAGGACUACUUCUGGCAUGUCUUUGCUUACUUCGCCACCUUCUGUGCUCCCUUGAGUGAUGCGGGGGGUUCAGAGAACCCCGGGGCUUCAGAGGAAAACCCCCCGCCCACAGAUUUGAUAAGAGCUUGCUUUCCUAAGUAUGACGAUGAGGCAUUUAUGCCCAGAAGGGGCGUUCUAAUAGCAACCAACUCUUUGACUGUUCUCGAG